AUGGCGGACAUCACCGAUCCUUCGGCGGGCCUUGAACAUCCUUCUCCCGGCGACGACCUCACCGGCAAUGGUGUCGAUUCUCGGGGAACCAAGCGACCAAGAACGUCCAUGGCCGGUGACGAUGAUGACGAUGAUGAUGAGAAGGGAGGACGAGAACGCAGAAAGAUUGAGAUCAAGUUCAUUCAAGACAAAUCACGUCGCCACAUCACAUUCUCCAAGAGAAAGGCUGGCAUCAUGAAGAAGGCAUACGAGCUCUCUGUCCUUACUGGAACCCAAGUCCUUCUGUUGGUCGUCUCUGAAACUGGUCUCGUCUACACCUUCACCACUCCCAAGCUCCAACCUCUGGUCACCAAGGCCGAGGGCAAGAAUCUGAUCCAGGCAUGCUUGAAUGCUCCGGAACCUUCCGGGAAUGAGAAUGGUGUCGAUGCUCCUGAUGACGUUGCUUCCCCUGACGAUGUUCCUGCCAUGCCUCCCGCCGCCACGGGAAUUCCUCGACCUGCUGCACACGGUGGCUACAUGACUCAAGAACAACAACAUCAAGCCAUGUACUAUCAACAAUUGCAACAACAGAACCAGAGUGGCCAGUACGCUGGUAUGCCUCAAAUGCCCCAACAUCAACGUGCAUGA